UGACUGGAGCACAGGGGUUGGAAAGCCGGGAAGAACGCAACCCCCCUUUCCCUCCCGGCUUCUUAACAGCCUGGGGUGGGCAGCUGCCCUGCAGGGAGUCGGUGCGGCUGCAGGGCCUGGGAGGACCCAUGGCCUGACCUGAGCGUGGAGAGGCUGAGAGAGGCCCGGGGAAAGCUUGUUCCUGGCUCCCAGUGGGACAGUGGGGCCUUGCCCUUCAGGAGCUGCUCCUGAGCCCUUGGCUGUGAAGGCUGCAGCUGAGGCCUGGCCUUACACUCUGCCAACCAGGCUCCGGGGUCGCGCAGCAGGGAGCAGGUACUGUUGAGGUCCCAGCGGGCCCCUUCUCAGAGCUUCCCCGGCCACCCCACCGUGCCCUCCAAGAGGAGGCGCCGCAGCUCCGACGGCAUGGAGGGCAAGGCAGGAAGGACCGUGCCCUGGGGCGCUGAGCUCAACAACGAGAGGCGGACUUGCACUUUCCGGCCCCAGGUGGAGGAGAAGGAGAGCUGCAGGCUGGUGCUCAGUGCGGUUUGCUUGGGGGAGAGAGCCAAGGAGGAGGUGAACCGCGUGGAGAUCCUGCCCCAGACAACCCAGGCGGACAAGAAGACGCCGUCUGUCACCAUUGCGACGCUGAAGGUGUCUGUCCUGCCCAUGGUGGCCAUGGCGGGUGUCACGCUUUCUCCCCCAGUCAUGUUUCACCUGCGGGCCGGCUCAGGUCCUGUGUUCCUCAGUGGCCAGGAGUGUUAUGAAUCCUCAGACCCCACCUGGGAAGAGGAGGCAGCGGAGGAGGUGGAGGAGGAGGAGGAGGAGGAGGAGGAGGAGGAGGAGGAGGAGGACCCUGAGGCGGAGGUGUCCAUGGAGGAGAGUCCAGCCAAACGACUCAAAAGGCCGGUGCCAGGGAAGCAGAGCAGCGCUGCCAAGAAAAAAAAGGUCGAAAAAGAAGAUGAGGAUUCAAGGUGCAGUAGGUCCAAGACCCCUUCAAAAAAGAGCAAAUCCUCAGAACAACCUAAGAAGCUGGAGCCUAAGAAGAGAGGUGCCAGCGAUACCCCAUGAUCCAGGGAGACCUCUUGCUCCAGCAGUGCUGUGCAGCUACCCCCACCCCUCCGCCUGAGCCCGAAUGUGGCCUGGUGUCAUGACAGUCACACUGGAGCCCUGCACCCCCAGGCCCCAGGGUCAGGAGACCCCGCAGAGAGGAGCCCUAGCCAGCUUCGCAGGGCCGCAAUAAAGUUUAUUUUGUCGUGCACUCUGCGCCUCUUCCCUG